AUGGUCUUCUUCACCGACGCCUACGACCUCUUCUGCAUCUCGCUCGUCACCAAGCUGCUCGACCGCGUCUACUACACCGACCCCACCAAGCCGGACCCGGGCACGCUGCCGCCCAACAUCGCGCCCGCGGUGAACAGCGUCGCCCUGUGCGGGACGCUCGUGGAGCAACUCUUCUUCGGUUGGCUCGACGACAGGCUCGGCCAGAAGAGCGUCUACGGCAUGACGCUGCUGCUCAUGGUGGUCUGCUCCCUCGCCUCUGUGCUCUCGUUCGGGAGCACGCCCGCCGGCGUCAUGGCCACGCUCUGCUUCUGCCGCUUUUGGCUCGGUUUCGGCAUCGGCGGAGACUACCCGCUCAGCACCACCAUCAUGUCUGACCGCAGGGAUUCGGCAUCCUCGCCGGCGGCAUCGUCACGCUUGCACUCUCGGCGGUGUUCCGCAGGGCGUACUAUGGCCUCUUGUCCGCCCGCGCUUGGAGACAUGAAGGGAGAGACGAGAGCUUGCACAGGGAGAUAA